AUGGCUCCUUCCGUGCGUGGAACUUCGAAUCGGAUCAGCAAACGCCAAACGCCCGUCGACACCCGCGCAAAGGUCUCUAAAGCCUCGAAAUCUGCCAAACUCUCCGUCGCCCUCAGGUCGAAAUUGGAAGAGGUCGCUCCCAAACCUGUGGCCCAAACCAAGAAGACUCUCAAGCAUGUCCCCAAGCGCAAACGUGAUGCAGUGCAGGAUGACAGUGAGAGCGAGGCGGGCAGUGUGUAUAUCACCCAGAUCAACAGCAAAAAGCCCAAGUUGCAACUACCAACGCCUCCCUCCAGCAAGUCCAAAGGCGAAAAAGAGGUCGUCGAUAUGGACUUCUCCCCAACCCUCACCUUUCGGCAACUUUCUCUCGACACGGAUAAUGCCGAGCCAGUUCCGCAGGCUCUUCCUCCAGUUUUGCAGGACUUUGUGUCAUUGCACGCAGCCUUCCUCAAGGCAUUUGCUCUCCACCUUGUACACAAUGGCCAAUCCACACCAGCCGAUUUGGGAAGUCUGAUGAGCUCUGUCACCAGGCUUUGGAAGAAACACACCGUGACAAGGGAGGAUAUUCAACGGAUGCUGGCCAUCUACGAGUUGGAUGUCUCAACACAUUUCAGCGGUCGCCUCCUCAAGCACCAGGAGGGCCCCUUCAGACUCACCAUGACGGGCGCCGAUUUUGUCCGCUACAACAUCGAGUAUGUCGGUGCAGGCAGCAAGAGAUCUUUUCUUCCCCGGUGGGAUGAGUGUAAUCUGCAAAAGCUGUAUGAAGCCGAAAUCGAGGCCUGCUGGAUCUCUCAGCGGAAUAAUUCUUCCUGUUGGGUCCAUGGGCCAAUUCAGAACUUUCCUCGUCUAAAUUUCGACGUCGGCGUCGAGACCCAAGUGCGCAAAGCCAAAGCCGAGACAGCCCGGAGGGAGAUAUUGGGGUUGGCAUCCGAAGCACAAACCCGUGCAGGAGCGCAGUUCUCGCUGUACACGAGCAACGCCUUUGAGAAGAAUGAGGUCAACAAUCCGCAGAUUGUGAAAGAUCGCACACUGUCCCUUCUAGACCGUGUCAGAGCCAAAGCGCUUGUCAAUUCUGCCGUGACACCUCAGAGCGCAGAAGCCACACUUCGUCGAUACGCUAUCGGCCGCAUUGCAGAAGUGGUCGAGAUCCUCCGAAUGAAACAACAACGCAAAUUGAGCGCGAAUUUCGUGUCAUGUGUUCACUCGAGCCCAAGCAAGGUUAGAGGCAAGGUGUCGUUUAGCAUGAAGCAGUUGAUCAACGAUAUCAAAGGCAGUCUGACCGUCCCGAUUGGGGAUGCUGAACUCAGGAUGUGUAUUCAUAUACUGCAAGAUGAAAUCCCAGGAAUGUGGGUGUCCAUUUAUACUGUCGGGAGCGUUGAAAGCGUUAUUCUCAAUGGGCCAGGACUGAGCGGUGUUGAGGUGAAGAGGAUCCUUGACGAGAAAGAGGCGAUGUGUUGA